CGUGACAUCCGUGGACUCGUCUAGUUGCAAAGAAAAAAAAGGGCUACUUUUUAUUCUUUCUAUAAGUUGAUGCUGUAUGUCUGAGGCCAUGUCUGCGAUACGGUGACUCACAGUGUCGUUUGAGAGUGGGAUGGUCAGCAGCUUUUUUGCAGCGGCCUCUCCGAUCAUCUCACUGCACAUAUCAACAGCGGCAGGCAGAACCAACUCCUCCGCUAUGGUGAAUGCCUUCUUAGUCUGUGCAACACGUCUGGCUACGAGGUAGCUCGCUUUCAAUGCACAUUUAGAGUUGCUCGUCAGUGACACGACAGACCUUUUCUGCAUCUGCAGUCCACUCUCCUUCCUCUUAAAAUAAUCCACCGGCUUUCCCACGAGCAUCGGGUGCUUGGUCUCUAGAUGCCGCUGUAGUUUUGAGGGCUUGAGGGCUUCGUUGGACAGCAUUAGCCCACACUCCACACACUGGGCUUUUGGCACUGCCUCUGUUCCUCCAUUUACGAAACCGUAUUUAAUGAAGUCGACAUUGUAUUUCCGCAAAAACUUUGUCUUUUGGGUGGAGGGGUCAGGAUGUUCGUCGUCAUGUUUUCUUUUAAAAAACGUAUCCAUAUUUGCCGCAGCGAGCGAACUUGAAGAAGACUCUUCUUCUCUGUAUAUUCGCGCUUCCACAACUGCGUGAUGCAUUACCGCCACCGCAUGGUCGAAAACGGCAUUGUAAGUUACUGAGCGUCUCAUGCAUAACAUAUCUCUGUCUUCACUUGAUAAUCUACAAAGUCCCGCGGCCCUUGGGGCCCACAGGUGCAAAACUGAAAGUUUUUCGCGGCCCUCUAGGGGGCGCUGGCGGCCCAAGUUUGGGCCGCGGCCCUAUGGUUAAGAAUCACUGCCUUAUAUCUUAAUGGUCGAAGACACAUGAUACCUGCAGAGCCUGGGUUCAGAACAGAUGGUGGGACACAGAAAUGAGCAGGAAGAUACGGGGUUAAGCCAUGUUGACCUCAGCCUUCAGCCUUGGGUUAUUUUGACUACGGGGUUAAUGCAUGCUGGCCUCAGACUGGUGUCCAAAAUCACUUUGUUGAUAAUAUGCUGAGACGAAGAUUGAUGUGGGCGGAAACCUCCAUUGGGACAAAGGAAUUCUUGUAUGUAUGUGUGUAUAAAGAGAAGCUGGAAUCGAUGUUUGAGCAGUGACUCUAUAGAUCUACUCAGGCUGUUAUCGUUCAAUUCUUGCUCCGGACCCCUCGAUUUCUUUUACACUCUCUCUCUUAAAUUAGUCUAAGUGUUUUAUAUCUCGGUUAAUCUUCAACAUAUUGGCGUCGCGACCAGGACUGAAAAGAGACAGCCCAACUGCCGGGCUGCAAGGCGGGGCGCGGACGGAUCACACAACCAAGCGCACAAAAUUAUUCCCGGUAAGUUUGGCUAACCACUAAUUUAAUGGUUGGUUGAUCUGUUUUUGCCCCGUCUGAACGCUUGGUGAACGGGUAAAGUGUCUCUUCAGUCAAACGAACCUAAAGAGAGAGAGAGACGGGAGCUCCGGAAGAGAUUGACGUGCGCGCGCACAUAAGCCCUAGGCGCUGUGGUUCUAAAUGACCAAGACGCUUUGUGGCUCCCUAUUUUGAUACGAGUUGUUGUUAUUUGGUGUUUUGAGGUUUUGGUUAAAUAGACCUAUUAUAAAGUCCUGUGGCUGUAUUCUAGAGGAUCAAAUUAGUGGGAAAGUUCCAAUAGGACAGUACAGGUCCGCAGGUCGAUUGAAGUGCCUGUUGGAUGUUUGAGAGUAUCCCAGAGAGCUGGGUUGGAAUUCAUUGCCGUCGAUGAAUUCAUUUUCAUUUGAGAGAGGUUUCCUUGGGAUGCCGACUGGUGAAUUUUCAAUUCUAAUGUUGGAGCGGUUGAACUGCAAAUCCUGCACCAAUUGAUGGUGAAUUUCUAGUUCCGAUUUUGGCAUUUUUGAGAAAGCAGACUUCUCGCACUUUUGAAUAGAUAAGGUUCUUGGUUGGGGUACCGUUUGAGUUGGUAUUUUGAGAAGUUUCUUGUCUGUUUUUGAUCUGGUCGAGUGUUUAUGUAUUCAGCCAUUGUUUUGGAAGAAUAGGCUUGUUGUUUGGAGUGCCAUGUGAAUGAGUUUAAUGUGCUGAUCGUGGACCGAUUGAGAUGCAGCUCUUGGAUAAACUGAAAUAGUUAAUUUGUAAUUCUGAUCUUGGCACUGCGAAGCGAUAAGUACUUGUUUGAAAUUCUGGUUGGUUGAUUAUUCAUCCGACCGUUCAUGUUUUAAUCAAAAGGCCAGUUUCUACGCUCGGUCAACCUUUUAUUUGUAAUUAAUUACAAACAAUUCGGACAUUUUUCAAUAUAAUAUAAAAAAAAUUAUGAAUCGGUUUAUUGUCUGUAUUUAAGUCGUGUUAGGAUUAAGUUACCUUGGAGAUUUUUACGACCCGGUUUAUUUUUUGUUGAUUCUGUCAUAAAUAAAUUAGGCGGACAGAGAAUAGUUAAUUUGUUUGAGUAAAAUUAAAGGGGAAGUCACACUAAAUGAAGAAGAUAAGAAAUGCAACCCAGAGACAGAGGGGCCUGUCUGCAGUAAAGCAUUACAAAGAGCACCCCACACUUCAUCAGGAAAUUAUCCUACUCUAGUCAAAGGACAACAGGUCCAUUAUCAACCGUGGGGUUCACAGGACUUGGAGGGAGUCAUUUCUAAACUCCCUAACAUAAUUAACGGGGCGUCUAAAUGGAUUAGAACAUUUGAGGAGCUCACAGUGGGAAAGCUAAUUGCAGUGGGGGACCUGAAAGCUCUGUUGGCAAGAGUAUUGGGGUCAUCCAAGAUGGAGUUUGUACUGAGGAAUGGAGGGUUGAAUAUACUGGAUGGAAAGUAUGAUGAGACUACACUUGAUCAUUACAGAGGGGCGUUGUGGGCCACACUCAGGAGGGAGUUCCCGGUCCGUAUGGAUCCUAAAAACAUGAGAGGUCUCCCCAUUGGUGACACAGAAAACCCUGCAUCCUACCUGCAGGCCCAAGUAGACAGAUGGCGCAUGGAGACGGAUGAGGAUCCUGAGAUCCAUCCGGUGUUCUCUGUCAUGUUUAGAAACUCUGUGAUAGAGACACUUCCCAGCCAAAUCAAAGCCAAGCUAGAGGAUGUGGUUGGACUGUUUACAUCAGGAUCUCAUAGAGAUUUUAAUGACCAUUUAGUUCAUGCAGUGGAUGAAUAUCGUCAGAAUAAACAAAUAAUACAGGAACAAAGCAAAGAGGUCCAGAGGAAGCUAUAUCAGCUUCAGCUGGAAGAUCUCACAAGGAAGGAAAGAGAUAAGAAGAGACAGGCAGGUGUUUUAGAACCAGCUGCUGUAAUAUCGCAAGCCGCCCAGCAGGGCGCACUUCAAAACCAAUAUCCACGAUUGGCAUUUUCUCUCCCAGUACAACAGCCUCAGAGCCAACUGUCACCUACUCCACCUGUUACACAUGUACACAUCCAUAAUUAUGGGAACCCCACAAAUAAAAAUAGACAGAAUCAGUACAAGGGGCCCCAAGGACAGUUUAGAAACAAUCAACAACAAGGAUCCCAAGGACAACGCAGAGGUCCUUUAAUAUGCUAUGGGUGCAACAUGGAAGGACAUAUUAGGAGGAAUUGUUUGGCUAACCCUUAUCCACCACAGCAAGGACAGGGUAACAGCUAUCAGGGAAGGCAGGAACAAGGAGGUAGCUACCAGGCAGGUCCCUUUAUGGGACAGGGAUACUAGGGGUGCCAAGGGAAUAGAGAAGGGUCCAGCUGCAGGCUUGGGCGUUCCCGUCAUGACACAAAAACGCCCAUCGGGCGUUCCCGUCAUGACACAAAAACGCCCAUCAGGCGUUCCUGUAGCGUUUCAAUCAAUCAAGAAGAGGUGAGUGAGUUUCGCAAGGUAUGCUACCCUUCCUUUUUUGGCGGUUUUACCUCGUAGUAACUUUCCAGAAAAACGAAAGGGUUAUGAUGAGAGAUUAUGUCAUACCCUGGCACAUGCUUUGUCCAAUGGACAAUGGAAGGGACUUUACUUGGCUGACGAGGUAAAACGUGUGGCUGGCGCACGAUUCAUUGCAUCUCGUAGAGUAGCAUUCACUGGUAGACAGGCAGGCCUCUAGAUUGUUUAUUAUGAUUUAAUGAAGUGUUCCUAUGUGACGCUGAUGGGCCCUGGUUGCUGCUAAAUGCUUGUUGAAAGUGCAUUGUGCACUUUUUGUAUGUAGCUACAAAAUGAGGGUGGAUAUCACUUUAUAGUUUAUAAGCAUUAUAUACUAAUAAGAAUCAUUGACAAAUCACAUUCCCCUUUUACCACCACAGGACGCACCUCACCAGUAUCAGAGCAACAGCUGUGGGGUGUUUAUGCUGAUGGUGAGAUGCAUUAUUUUCAGAAAUGAUGACUGAUGACUAGUUUGUAAAACAACUAACUCAUUUGUAUGUUAAUUUCAGUACGCAAUGUAUUCUACCCUCAAAAGCAAUAUGAUUUCAGUGAGGGGGACAUGCUCUCUAUCAGGAGGUGGUGGUUGGACAGCUGUUGGAGACCUUUAUGCUUGAAAGCCCUGCAGAACUAGCUGGCUCCUUCUCACCCUCUCCAUCUCCCCAUCUCAGUCACACCUUCCAAUCACUAAGCAGUGAAAGCCCUGCAGGACUAGCUGGCACACCAAGCUCACCCUCCAUCUCCCCAUCUCAGCCACACGCUCCAAUCUGGCACAACAGAGGACAGGCCAUUCUUACCACCCGAAGUCCUUCAGCAAAUUGUACAAGAGACGCUGAGACUGGACAUGGCGAUGCUUGGCGUGUUCAACAGGGUUUCAAACACAUUCUGAGAACUAAUCAAGCCUCUCCAUCCUUCCAUAUAUAUAAACGACAGUUUGGCAGGGGACAUUAAGCUUAAUAAAGACAAUCUCAUAUACAUAACGGUUAGAAAGAUUUACAACAAUGCAGGCUGUGGCAGUGGCCUUGCGCUACGCCUCAAAGGCUUCUCAAAAAAAGAAGAAUUGGCCAAGCACACCCCUGGUACUGAGGAACGUUGCAUAUGGCAGGUUUGUCAUAAAAGAUGUCUGCCUAGCAUAAUGUUCUUUUAUUACUUUUAUUAUUUUAUUACUUUUAUUUGGGACGUCUUUUUUUGCAAUCCCUUCCAUUUGUAAAUGUACAUACUACUGUAGUAAAUGUAUCUGCCCAGAAAUGCUGGUAUUUUAUUACUCCUUUCUUUUUUGUUUUUGUGACAAAUGCUAUACGAUGUAUAACAUACAUUUGUGCCUACGAUGUAUGUUGUAAGGUUAAUUGUUACAGAGCAAUUACUGUAUUUUGUCUUUAUUGAAAACAUUCAGUGGGAAAAGUAAGUGAACACUUGGGAGUCAAAUGGCCUUCAUAGUGUCUGGUAACUGGAUUUGAACUGCAUAAUGUCCCAAGUGUUAUUUUAAUCUAUUCAUUAUUUAAUUUGGGCAUAUUCUUAAACAACUAUCAAACAUCGCACUUAUACCUAAUACGGUAAUACCCUACCUAUACUAACCCAGAAGAUAAUGAACUUAAGAUCAUGGAGCCUCCCUGUAAUGAUCGUGUUGCAUCAAGUUUGAUGCAAAGUGUGGGCCGAGAUCCGACACAUAAAUGUAAGCUAACAUUCUGUAGGCCUAGCUGGCUAACGUACCCGUAUUACGAGAUCGAAGAAGAAGGGGGCGCUAACGUCAGUUCUAUGCUGCCCAUACUACUAGAUCGACGAAGAAGAACGGGGCGUUCCAGCCUGCGUAAACGAGAACGCCCACCACACGAGAACGCCGGGGGGGGGGGCGUUUUAGUCUGCGUGAACGAGAACGCCCACGACACGGGAACGCCCAUUUGUGUCUGCAGUCGGAU